AUGACUGAAAAAAACAUUCACCCAAAUAAAUAUUGUGAAUUGCGAAGUAUCUAUAAAUACUAUAUCGAUUCAUAUUUUGCAUUGUAUCAGCUAAAAACGGAAAAAGAAGAAGAAUUAAGCUCAAUUUACAAAAUCAUCAAAACAGAAUUGAUUGAAUCAAAGAAAUAUACACCCAAAAAGAUUGCAGAAGACAUUUUAAAUAUCAUUCCAUAUAAUAAUCGCUAUACAAAGUCAUAUUUAUAUCUUACUAAGCUCAUAUCUGAUGAUUAUCAAGUCGAAUUGCACGAUGAAUAUGGAUAUGGAGAUGAAUUUGAAUAUAUUUUUACAGAAAAUACUAUUUACAAAGCAAUUAUGUAUAAUAACUUAAUAGUAUUCAUCCUAUUCACCGAAAUUGAUGAAUUCGAUAAAAAUCAAAAACUUGAAAGCGAUUUAUAUCCACAUUCUAAAGAAGGAUAUUCAUUACUUGAAUUAUGUUGUUACCAUGGAGCAGUUGAUUGUUUCAAGUUAUUAAGAACAAAAUUUAACUCAGAAAUAACUGAAAAAUGUCUACAAUUCUCAUUUUUAGGCGGAAAUCCAGAGAUCAUGAGUGAAUGUUUGAAAUAUCAAACACCAAAUGAAAAAUGCAUGAAAUAUGCAAUUAUUUCACACAACAUUGAUUUUGUUACAUUCUUGAUGAAUGAGUACAAUAUAGAGAUCGAUUUAUAUUAUUGCGAAAAAUUUAAAAAUCUUGAAUCUUUUUUUGUUUAUUUCGAUCAAACUUCUGAUGUUAACAAAUGCUUAAUUAAUUCGGUGAUAUUUAAUAUUCAAUCUCUUUGUGAAUAUUUCCUUUCACAUGGCGCAAAUAUCAAUGAAAAAGAUAAUGGUGGAUUGACCGCUCUUCAUAUUGCAGUAGAUAGCAAUCAACUAGAAAUAGUCGAAUUUCUUCUUUCACAUGGCGCAAAUAUUGAUGAAAAAGAUAAUGAUGGAUUGACCGCUCUUCAUAUUGCAGUAAAAAGCAAUCAACUAAAAAUAGUUGAAUUUCUUCUUUCACAUGGCGCAAAUAUCAAUGAAAAAGAUUAUCUUGGAAAAACCGCUCUUCAUAUUGCAGUAAAAAGCAAUCAACUAAAAAUAGUUGAAUUUCUUCUUUCACAUGGCGCAAAUAUUGAUGAAAAAAAUAAUGAUGGAUUGACCGCUCUUCAUUUUGCAGUAUUAUAUAACGAUAAAGAAACAGUUGAAUUUCUUCUUUCACAUGGCGCAAAUAUUGAUGAAAAAGAUUAUCUUGGGAAAACCGCUCUUCAUAUUGCAGAAAUGUUUAACAAUGAAGAAAUAGUCAAAUUUCUUCUUUCACAUGGCGCAAAUAUUGAUGAAAAAGAUAAUGAUGGAUUGACCGCUCUUCAUAUUGCAGUAAAAAGCAAUCAACUAAAAAUAGUUGAAUUUCUUCUUUCACAUGGCGCAAAUAUCAAUGAAAAAGAUUAUCUUGGAAAAACCGCUCUUCAUAUUGCAGUAAAAAGCAAUCAACUAAAAAUAGUUGAAUUUCUUCUUUCACAUGGCGCAAAUAUCAAUGAAAAAGAUUAUCUUGGAAAAACCGCUCUUCAUAUUGCAACAAAAAUUAAUAAUGAGGAAACAGUCGAAGUUCUUAUUUCAAAUGGCGCAAAAAAUAGAACUUAUUUCUUUUCUUAUAUUAAAGAAAAAAUACAUUCAUUUUUGUCUACUUUAUAUGUAUUAAUUUUUAAAAUGCACAAAUAA